AUGAGCUUUCUUUCGCGUGUAGUCACACUGUUUGGGCUUGUUCUACUAGCUCACGCUGGUUACUCCGCCCAUGAACACACCGUCCUCUUCAGUAACGCUAACAUCGCCGCCAUCGCCACCUUACCGAGUGACAUUAUUAUCGAGACCCUGGCUGCGGUCCUAGCAGUCUCGAUUGGACUGGUCCUGGGCGCAGAAAAAUUGAAGCCGAUUAGCUGGCGCGACUGGGCGGGCGAGAUCGAGCGGGACGGUGGUGCGCGGAACCCGUACAUGGGGUUGGAGGAGCGAUAUGGAUUUUGGGAUAUUCGGGCCAAGCGAAAGGAGUUUGCAGACUGGGUCCGGGGUCCGGAUAUGUUAAAGGAGUAA